CAUAUGUAUUUUUUUUACUUUACAUAUGAGUUGAAAUGGAAAUACUUACAAUAUAUGUUAUAUUUUCUAUAUGAGUUGAAAUGGAAAUACUUACAAUAUAUGUUAUAUUUUCUAGUAUUAUCCCAGUUUGUAAUCGAAAUGUCAAUUCUUUUUUUUUUUUUUUUUUUUUUUUUUUUUUUUUUUUCGUUUCCUAUUUCCCCUCUUUUUUUCCUUUGUUUUCUUUCCCUUUCUUAUUUUUCAGGUCUUCCAGUUUUCCAAACGUUAUUAGAAUAA